AAGAGGAGACUCGUUUCGGGGCCACACGCAAGAACGGGGCGCAGGUCGAGCCGGGGGGGAAACAGAGAGGUAUACAUACGAAGCGAAGCGAAGGGAAUUUGUCGAGUACUUCGUUUACCGAGGGAGAGGCAAGCGAAAGCAGGAAUGCCGCCGCGGCCCCUUCGUGGUGAACCCAAGGUGGGUACACCGACACAAAGGAGGCGUUUGCCGACGCUGCUGUUGUGCCUCCUCGCCUCCGCUGGUGCUACCGCUGCGGCGGCGUGGGUCUUCCACCUCCGACGGGCAACUCCCGAUUGCGGCACACAUGCCGACGUCUCGCACCAGGGCCUCACCUGCGGGAUUACCCCAGGCGGCAAGAGCAUCGGGGUACUGCACGAACAACAGCAGGAGCAGCAGCAGCAGCAGCAGCAGCAGCAGCAGCGUAUUGUUUUCUUCGAUGCGCCGGACGGCCCCUCGGCUCCGGGCGUCGGGCACAGCCAAGACCACCACGAGCAGCAGAAGUUUCAGCAGCGGGAGCGGCGGCCUCCGUGCGCCGAGAGCGACGACCCGGCCUACGCGUGCCUCGUGCCGCGCCCGCCCGGGUCUUUCGCGGACGAGAUCAUGCUGUAUCUUUCCUUGUCGUGGUCGUCGUCGUCUGUGGGCGAUGCAGCACAGCAGCAGCAGGAACAGCAGCAGGAACAGCAGUGGCUUUCCGUCAAGGUCGUGGUUCCCGCGGCAUCUCGGGGGGGUGGAAGCGGGGGCGGGGUAGGAGCGAGAUGGGCUUCGCUGGGGUUUUCUCCGGACGGCAAGAUGGCGGGUCCGAGCGAGGCCGUAGUCGGGUUCGUGGGGGCGACCGAGGCGGCCAGCAGCAGCAGUAGCCAAGAACCACCGGCGGCGGCGGGGGUCCUCCGCUACCGCAUGGAUGGUUACAGAAUCGCCUCCGUGACGCCUCUGUCGGAUCGACACCAGGUUCUGACGGAACAGAGCGUCGAGACCACCGAGGAAGGGUCCCUCAUUGUCCGUUUCAAGCGCCCCCUGGUGGAAACAUUUUCCGCGGGUCGGGACGCUUGCGCGGCAACGGCGGCGGCCGUGGGGGAGGAAGGUACAGGGGGGCUGGAAGCGGCUGUUGCAGGAGCGGUGGCGGAGGUCUGCUCGGGGGAAGCGGGGGGAUCAUCCAUGGAGUGGUUGGAUCCCCGAGAGCGGGGCGUGGUGCUGCUUUGGGCCUACGGGACGGGGGCCUGGCCGAGCUACCACGACGCCACGGGGGCGUUUGUUCUGCCGCGCUUGACAGCAGUCGAGGUCGAUUGACCCUCGCCCGAGCGGUUCCUUCUCUGUAGAAGCGUCUUGACUGCGGCCGAAGAUGCUGUUCGUGUUGGCGCUGUUACAGCAGUAGGGGGGGUGGUUUUCCAACCCCCCAUCUUGUGCCAUUUUGUGCAGAGAGGCUUUUCUUUUGUGGGAGGAUCUUCGGUUCUUGUUUUUGAUGUGUUGCUUGGUUCGCCGUCGAUCAAAGGCGAACGAAAAAGGAGCUUUUGGAACCACAAUCAACGCUUCUCUCGGCUUUGUUGUUCGCAACGUUGGUGAUUGGCAUUUGAGUCAUGUAUACGUGCACUGUUGCGAGGCAGUCCGGUACUACAUGUUGUGAGGGCCAAGGCGGUAUUAUGUUGAUUUACGUAGACCCCACGAUCCCCUCCCCUUUUUGGAGGGCAUUCAUGACGAAGCCAUUCUUGUUCCUCAGGACAAAUAUAAAACGGAAGGAGAGGCUAGGGAUAGGGGCUGGCCCGAUGUCUAUGUGGGUCUGUGUGGUCUCUAAUCAUUCAAGUGACAGGACCCUGGGUGUCAAGAGGAAUUGUCCACAGAGGAUUGUACAAAGGACCCCAGCCUACAAGCACUGCUACCGACCUGA